AUGGAGAGCUUCCAGGAAACUGAGCUCUGCUUCCCUCAGCUGCUCAACUCGUCCUGCAGGAGGACCGUGCGUCCUCGCUCGCUGUCCUUGCUCAUCUACGUCACGCUGUCCUUCAUCUCGCUGCUCACCGUGGUUCUGAACCUGCUGGUCAUCAUCUCCAUCUCACACUUCAAGAAGCUCCACACUCCCACCAACCUCCUGCUCCUCUCUCUGGCCGUCUCGGACUUCUUGGUGGGUCUCCUUAUGUUCUUUCAAAUCAUGCUGAUCGACGGCUGCUGGCUCUUCGGGGACCUGAUGUGCAGCCUGUACUUCCUCCUGGACUACGUCAUCACCUGCUCGUCCAUCGGAACCAUGGUGCUCAUAUCCGUCGACCGCUACGUGGCCGUCUGUGAUCCCCUCCAGUAUCCCUCCAGAGUGACGGAGGGGCGGGUGAAGGUGUGUGUUUCUCUCUGCUGGCUGCUCAGCGCGGCGUUCCAGUGUCUGCUGCUGCGGGACAGCCUGCGGCGGCCCGGCGGCUUCAGCUCCUGCUCCGGAGAGUGUGUGGUCGUCGUGGGUUACGUGGACGGCGUUGUGGACGUCCUGGUGUCCUUCAUCGGCCCCGUCGCGGUCAUCGUGGUGCUGUACCUGAGGGUGCUGGCGGUGGCCGUGUCCCAGGCCCGGGCCGUGCGCUCUCACGUUGCGGCGGUGGCCAGUCAGGACUCGGCGAGGUUCCCCGCCAAGAAAUCUGAAAUCAAAGCAUUCAAGAGCGUCAGUGUUAUCAUCCUGGUGUUUCUCGUCUGUAUCUGUCCGUACUUCUGCGUCACGCUCUCUGGCGGCGACUCGGUGUUGAGCGCUUCGUCCGUGGCCUUCGUCAUGUGCCUGUUCUAUCUGAAUUCAUGUCUCAAUCCGGUGAUCUACGCCCUGAUUUACCCCUGGUUCAGGAAAUCCAUGAAGCUCAUCGUCACGCUUCAGAUCCUGGAGUCUGGCUCCUGUGAGGCCAACGUAGUGUGA